CAUGGGCUCCGUAUUACCCGCAGACGCUUUGGCACUCAAGUCUGGAUUUAAGUGUCCCAGCCGCUCGCUGUCAGACGUGAUCACCUCGGACAUCCUGCACAGCUUCCUGUACGGCAGGUGGAGGAACGUGCUGGGAGAACACCUGGCGGAGGAGCGGCACAGCAGCAGCCCCAAGACCGCGUUCACCGCCGAGGUGCUGGCGCAGUCCUUCGUCGGAGAGGUGCAGAAGCUGUCCAGCCUGGUGCUGCCCAGUGAGGUGAUCAUCGCGCAGAGCUCCAUCCCUGGAGAGGGUCUGGGCAUCUUCUCAAAGACUUGGAUCAAAGCAGGGGCCGAGAUGGGCCCGUUCACAGGGAGGGUCAUAUCCCCGGAGCACGUGGACCUGCUGAAGAAUAACAACCUCAUGUGGGAGGUGUUCAAUGAAGACGGCACGGUGCGCUACUUCAUCGAUGCCAGUCAGGAGGACCAACGCAGCUGGAUGACUUACAUCAAGUGCGCAAGGAAUGAACAGGAGCAAAACCUGGAGGUGGUGCAGAUCGGCAGCAGCAUCUUCUACAAGGCAGUGGAGACUAUCCCACCGGACCAGGAGCUUCUUGUCUGGUACGGAAACACCCUCAACACAUUCCUGGGAAUCCCUGGAGUUCCGGGAAUAGAUGAAGAACACCUGAAGAAAACCAAAGAUGAGGUCCACCCCUAUGACGGCCCUGCCUCGUGCUCCCCUCCAGCCCCUACCACCACAGCAGGUCGCAUGCGCUGCGUCAUCUGCCACCGUGGCUUCAACUCCCGCAGCAACCUGCGCUCUCACAUGCGCAUUCACACGCUAGACAAGCCCUUCGUCUGCCGCUUCUGCAACCGCCGCUUUAGCCAGUCCUCCACGCUCCGGAACCACGUGCGCCUGCACACCGGCGAGCGGCCCUACAAGUGCCACGUGUGUCAGAGCGCGUACUCCCAGCUGGCAGGCCUCAGGGCUCACCAGAAGAGCGCGCGGCACAAGCCGAUGGCACACGCGGCAGAGAUGGCAUCCAAAGUGUCCCCCCCUCCCCAGCAGAUGUCGGUCAUGUCCCACCAGCACCAGAUGCCCCCCAUGGUGCACCACAUCCCCACCAUGGUGCUAUGA